AUGCCCAUACUUGAGAGGCCUGGGGUUGAGCCGCGGGAGGGAGUGGUGCCGCGGGAAGGUGGCAUGCCGCUCAUGCCGCUGAAAGGCGUUCCGUUGCGGCUUAAUGGAGUCCCUGCUUGGUUGCGAGAUGGGCCGCGGGACAUGGAGGCGCCGUAUUGCGAUGCUGAGGGAGGGAAGGAUGAGGAGUGGCGAGCAUACCAUGAAGCUCCUGGUUGUGGAGUAGGUACAUGGCACACUCGCAAUCUCUCGGCGGGCGCUCCAGGCGGUAAAGCCUGUGCAACGCACGUCGAGCUCGCUUCAAAGCGGUGGAAGGGGUAG